AUGCUCGCCGAGUCACGCAGCGACGCAGGCGCAACCGCGGCCUGCUCUCGCAGCUCGCCUACUCGUGGCUCCUGGGGCCCUGAGCGUGUGUUUGAUGAAUUGACUAAGGCGCUGAAAGAUCCUGCAGAUUUUGUUGAUUUUGAUCUGCCAUCUGCGUUGAAAGAAUGGAAGCUAGGCUACUAUAUACCAAUUAAGCGGAAUGUUUAUCUUACUAAGAAGCGGGUUGAAGAUGAUGGCAUUUUUUGUUCUUGCUCCCUUUCUUCUGGAUCACCAGUUGCUUGUGGAAAAGAUUGCCAAUGCGGGAUGCUGUUCUCUUGUUGUUCAUCAAACUGUAAAUGUGAGAACGAUUGUGCCAAUAAAUCAUUCCAGCUCCGACCUUUGUUCAAAACAAAAUUGAUUAAGACAGAGAAAUGUGGCUUUGGAUUGAUAGCCGAGGACGAAAUAAAGAAAGGAGAAUUUGUUAUAGAAUAUGUAGGAGAAGUCAUUGAUGACAGAACUUGUGAGGAAAGACUAUGGAAAAUGAAGAGACAACGUUACACUAACUUCUAUCUUUGUGAGGUCAGUAGUAAUAUGGUCAUUGAUGCAACAAACAAGGGGAACAAGUCCAGGUUCAUCAAUCAUAGCUGUGAACCAAACACAGAGAUGCAGAAAUGGACUGUAGAUGGAGAGACCAGAGUUGGAAUUUUUGCUCUUCGUGACAUAGAGAAAGGGGAGGAGCUGACCUAUGACUAUAAAUUUGUCCAGUUUGGAGCAGAUCAAGAUUGUCAUUGUGGAUCUUCAAACUGCAGAAAAAUGGUUGGCACGUCUAAGUCGGUCAACUCGUUUGUUCUCCACAAUGGCAACUCAGCAAGCUCACAAGAUCAGCACGACAUGAAGAAAAGAAAGACAACCUCAGAUAAUUGUAUUGGGGAGAUCAUCCGUUUAUGGGAUCGACGGGACAAAAUGUAUGUCCCAGCAGUUGUACAUGACUAUGAUGAGUACACUGGAAUGCAUACCUUACUGCUUGAUGAAGAAACUACUGAAAAUUUUGAUAUGAGAGAGGAAGACUGGGACUUCCUACCGCGCCCAGAAGAUCCAGAAGAAGACUGA